GAGUGGCAGCCAGAGGUUUGGUCCAUGCCAUACCCCUUGGACGGUGCUGGCCAGCCUGAGCAAGAGGCCUGUGCAUCUUGACACAUAGGAGAGUAGGGACGGAGUCUCACUUGGACAGAGGACCAUGUUGCGCCGCAAGCCCUCCAACGCCAGCGAGAAGGAGCCCACGCAGAAGCGGAAGCUCUCACUCCAGCGCUCCAGCAGCUUCAAGGAUUUUGCCAAAUCCAAACCCAGCUCCCCUGUGGUGAGCGAGAAGGAAUUUAAUCUGGAUGAUAAUAUUCCAGAAGAUGACUCAGGUGUCCCUACUCCAGAGGAUGCUGGGAAGACUAGCAAAAAGCUGGGGAAAAAGUGGAGGGCUGUGAUUUCACGAACCAUGAACAGGAAGAUGGGCAAGAUGAUGGUGAAGGCCCUGUCAGAGGAGAUGGGGGACCCUCUGGAGGAGGGCUCAGCCUCCCCGACAUCUCCAGACUGCAGCCUGGACAGCCCUGGGCCAGAGAAGAUGGCACUGGUUUUUUCUGAGCAGGAGGAGAGGGAUUCCCCAGCACUGAGCCGUCAGGCAUCCACAGGCAGUGAGUUCUGCAGUGCCAGCUUGGGCUCUAGCAGCUUCGGGGAGGACCCACCUGCUCCCCAGUACACAGGGCCCUUCUGUGGCCGGGCACGUGUCCACACCGACUUCACCCCUAGCCCCUACGACCAUGACUCAUUGAAACUCCAGAAAGGAGAUGUGAUUCAGAUCAUUGAAAAGCCACCUGUGGGCACAUGGCUGGGCCUGCUCAAUGGCAGGCUGGGUUCUUUCAAGUUCAUCUACGUGGAUGUGCUGCCCGAGGAGGCCGUGGGGCCUGCACGCCCGAGCCGCCGGCAGAGCAAGGGCAAGAGGCCCAAGCCUAAGACCCUGCAUGAGCUGCUGGAGCGCAUCGGCCUGGAGGAGCACACAUCCACCCUGCUGCUCAAUGGCUACCAGACACUGGAAGACUUCAAAGAGCUACGGGAAACACACCUCAAUGAGCUGAACAUCGUGGACCCACAGCACCGGGCCAAGCUGCUCACGGCGGCCGAGUUGCUGCUGGACUAUGACACGGGCAGCGAGGAAGCGGAAGAGGGAGCUGAGAGCAGCCAGGAGCCAGUGAUGCACACGGUGUCGGAACCCAAGGUGGACAUCCCUCGAGACUCAGGCUGCUUCGAGGGUUCAGAGAGCGGUCGCGAUGAAACGGAGCUGGCGGUCACUGAGGAGCAGCUGCACAGCCUCUCCUUGGCUGAGGAAUCUUGAAG